AUGUCGGACAGGAAGUCGUGCUGGGAGUGCCUCAAGCGGCGGCUCGUGUGCGACUUCACGCGCCCGCGAUGCACCAAAUGCUCCGCGCGGGGCGUCUCAUGCCCAGGCUACGACCACAAGCCGCUGAAAUGGAUUGUGCCUGGGCAGACGAGGUCCAAGAGGCGUGGGGUGCGCAAGGACAGGUUGACGAGCGAUCAGAGGCGACGGCAGGAGGAGGAGGAGCACGAGGAGGGCCAUAUUGAAGGCCAGCUGGUCGUCGUGCCGCCAUCGAUUGACCUGUCGAGCGAGAUUACUUCGUUGUUCGAUGCCAUACAGUACUACAAUGAACACAUCUGCCCCGACAUGUUGGCCACGGGGGUGACCGGCUCACACAACCCCUUUUUCACGCCGCUCUCUACCGUCGGCGAUCUCCCCGACUCCAUCAAGGAAGCACUCAUAUCCUCUGCCCUCGGCCACCGCAUCCUCCAGAGCAGCAGCGAGCGUCCCGGCGAUGAGACAGCCGUCCUCGCGACCCGACUUCAGACACACCGGGGCGCCGCCAUUCGGACCCUCGCCGAUGCCCUCUCCCAGCCAAAGACGCAGACGAGCGACGCCAUGAUUGUAUCCAUUUUUGUGUUUCUGCUCGCCGAGAUCCAGCAGUCCAUCUCGACCAACUGGCGGCAUCACCUUGACGGCGCGGCCGCCAUCAUCCAGGAGCGAGGGGGUCUUUCGAAUCUUGUCAUGUCGCGGCCAUUGUUCCGCAACCUUCUACAGUAUUUCAUCCUCAUAGACGUGCUGGGCAGCACCACCGCGCCCGAGGUCGGCACAGACAGCGCUCGCAGGACUCUAGAGCUCGUGCCUCUGCUGCCGCUGUUGUUUGGUGACGGGCUCCAGACGUGCAUUCCGUGCCCGUCGGAGUUGGUACGAAGCAUCAUUCGCAUCAACGCGCAGCGAAACCGGCUCCAGCAACACGGGGCUGAUGCCCUGGGCCCGGGGGGUCCCGGCACGGAUCGACUGUCCGCUGGCCUGGAGCUUCUGCAGCAAAUCAGGCAGUUCUCCCCUCAGAGCUGGGCGGCCGAGAUCAAGUUGUCAGCCCUGCAGGGGGCGAGUCGGCGGCAGGCCAACAAGUUUGUCGCCGCGCAGGGGCUCGACCGUCCGUCGCCGAAAGGCACGGCCUCGUGGGACUGGCAACGCGUCGCCGCCGUGUACCAGGCAGCAGUCGCGCUGUACUGCAUCUCGAGUCUCCUCGGCACCGAGGUGGCGAGGGGCAUGCGACCGUCCGCCAACACGACGACAUAUAGCGACACCUGCGGCGGCGUCAACGCCAUGCGCGUCGAGUACUGCUCCUCCCUGCUGCGUGACCUGCGAGCCAUUGCGGGCGACGACGUCAACCCUCAGCUGCGCAAGAUGGUCAUCUGGCCGCUCGUCAUGGCGGGCAUCGAGGUAGAUCCGAUGGAUGAGGCCUCCCAGCGGUUCAUAGAAGGCGAGCUAGGGUGGAUGAGCCGCACGCUUGGCAUUGCAUCGCCACUCAUCGGAAGGCAGUUUCUGGGGCGCCUGUGGGCAUUUCCGGUGUCGUGGCACCAGAAGAGCGACCAGAGCUGGGAAGGCUUGUUUGAUAGACCAUACAUUUUUGCACUUUAG